UUUGUUGAUAAGCGGACAGUUUUCUGAUAUAAAAACUCAUCUUUUAUAUGGAUAAAGGACACUAACUUGAACGUUAGCAAGCAUGAAGGUUCUUCUAGUAUUGGCAGCAGUUGUGGUAGCAGCUUUGGCUGAUGGUUACAUCCAGCCAGAGUUAUACCCAACAAUACCCAGACAGUACUCAAACAGUUCCGACUUGAAAAUAGUCGCUGGUUCGAACGCCGUCAGAAACCAGUUCCCAUACCAAAUUUCUCUACGUGUUGUUACUGGAAAUACUCUCUUCCACAUUUGCGGAGGCUCCAUCCUCAGUCAAAGAUGGGUUCUUUCGGCUGCUCAUUGUACACAACGUGCUGCCAGUGAUUUCAGGGUAACGGCCGGUAUCCUGUUGCAAACUGACACUGGAAUUGCCAACCAACAAACUGUAGCUGUUUCUUAUUAUGUUAACCAUGCUUUGUACCCAGGAGGCAACGUUGUAGCUGCUAACGACAUAUCCGUCAUUCGUUUGGCUUCUCUUCUUACCUACGCAGUCAACGUACAACCCAUUGCUCUUCCAGUUGCCGGUGCUAUUCCUAGCGGUACAUCCGUCGUUUCUGGAUGGGGAUCCCUUGGACCUCCAACCAACUCUGCUCCCAACAACCUUCAGUUUGUUAACGUUCCAAUUUUGGCCAAAGACCAAUGUGCCAAUGUCAUCAGACAACUUUCUGGAAUUAUCAACCCCUUCAGAUCUGCUCUUAACGUGUGCACAACAACCCGUGCAGCUUCAAGUAUCGAAGCUGUCUGCAGUGGUGACAGCGGUGGCCCAUUGGUAGUCAACUCUCGUGUGGUCGGUGUUGUUUCCUGGGGAUACAGUCCAUGUGGAAACGCCGGAUUUCCAUCUGUAUACGUCGACACUGCCGCUUACAUCUCCUGGAUCCUACAAAAUACUAACAACCUGUCUAACUAAUCCAUGUUUAUUUAUUUUAUUUUAUUUAAUAAAUAAACUAUAGCAGAUACUAAAAAA